AUGGAUCCUGAAAAGUCCGCCACCAGAGACGACGUCGUCUCGUCGCCUGUCGAGCCACAACAGGAGGCCCGGAAUCGCAAGGAACCACGCCUGGAUCCGCAUGGGCUGCCACUCGUGCCCCAGCCGACGGAGCAUCGCGAUGACCCAUUGGUACGUCCUGGUCCUGGCUUACCCACAGCGAUCCAUCGACUGACAAUACUAGAACUGGCAUCCGGCAUUGAAGCUGAGCGUCGCGCUCCAGAUCAGUUGGCUGGCCCUGCUGGGCCCCUUUUCGUCCGCGGUCGCCAACCCGGCAUUUGUGUUGAUGGCCAACUGACGCUGUAUCUCGUCUUUGCCGGGAUUGGCCCGCUGCUGAUUGUGCCCUUUGCCCGGCAAUAUGGACGUCGACCCGUCUACCUGGCGGGCAACCUGCUCGCGGCCGUCACCAACAUCGCCGCCGGCUACUGUGAAACAUGGGCCGGCAUCAUGGUGACGCGCGUCUUCAACGGGCUGGGCGGCGGCUCCGCCAUGGCCAUGGGUGCGGCGGUCAUCUGUGACCUGUUCUUCCAGCAUCAACGUGGUGUCUACAUGGGCAUCUACACGCUGUGUCUGACCAGCGGUGCUCAUUUUGCUCCCUUGGUCGGAGGCUUUGUGGCCAACUCCCUCGGUUGGCGCGCCUGCUUCUACAUUCCAGGCUAUAUCCAGCUGGGCACCUUCGUCCUCUCCGUGUUCUGUCUGCCCGAGACGCUCUAUUCCGAGGGCCGUGACGAGCCGUAUCAGGAGCAAUCCUAUGCACAGAACCUCUCGUUCACGCGCAGUCAUGUUCCGGCUCGCCGCCCGCGCAUGCGAGACUUCGUCCGACCGUUUGAGAUGCUACGGCUGCUGCCGAUCCUCUUGCCCGCGAUCUUGUACAUGACCUGCUUCGGCUACGGCACCGUUCUCUUUGCCCUGACGGGAGCCCAGCUGUUCACCUCGAUCUACCAUUUCACCACGCCGCAGACUGGCCUGAUGCUGAGUAUUCCUCUUCUGAUCGGUGGCCUAAUCGGUGAGCUCAGCGCUGGGUGGGUGACGGAUUGGCUGUCCAACCGACACGCUCAGAAGAACAACGGCGAGCGCCUUCCCGAGGCACGGCUGCAUGCCAUCUGGGGAGCCCUGCUAAUUCCGGUGGGCAUCAUCAUCGAGGGCGUGUGCCUCUCGCACCCGGAGACGGCGCACUGGGUGGGCAGCGCCUUCGGCAUGGGAAUCGCCAACAUGGGCCUUCAGAUCACCACGACCACAAUCUAUGCUUAUGCGACCGAUGUAUGUCGGGCCCCGUCAUCCUUUCAAAGCCAUGCUAACCUUCUCAGUGCUACAAACCGCAAAGUGUGGAGAUAUCCACCGUCUUCAACGCCUUCCGACAGAUUUUCUCCUGUCUUAUCUCCUUCUACGCGUGAGUUCUGCCCCCGUUUGCGUCAAGUGCCGUCCACUGAUUUUUGA